GAUGCAGUCCCAGCUAAUUCCUGCAUAUCUUCAUCGCACACUCGUGCCAAUGGGCUCCAUGGUCGAGCAGCACGCAAAGCCUGUUCAAGCGUCCUCACAGAUGGCCACCGCCCAGCCCGCCGCAGACUCCGUCGCCGAGUCAGGGCCAAGUUUCGAAGUACCCAGGCGGCCCCGGUCGUAUCAGCAUCUUCAACGGCAUUGCUCCCUGGCAUGAACGAUGCUGCUGCCAGUGCUUCAUCCGAAGGCACUACGAGAUCGGCUGGAUCGGACUUGGCUGCAACGUCCUUGGCAUCGAAUAUCGCACCGGCACCAGCGUCCAUCGCCAGUAUCCAAGGCACAACGACCGGCAGCUCGACAGGGACCCGGAGCACCUCGACAGCAAGCACCGAUGCAGGCCCGCAUGGUGCUUCGUCCAGCUCCGCGCCUCUGGCCGUUCCCACGGCCUCCGACUCCGUCUCUGUUUCCAUCUCCGUCGCCAAUUCCUCUGCUACCACCCCCGCUGUGCUGCAGACAACCGUUACCUCGCUCCAGACCUCGCCGAUCGAGACAUUAGCAAAUAUCUCGGUGUCCACUGACACUGCCGCAUCGACUGCCGCCUCAUCGCUCGCUGUCCCGAUACCGACUCCGACGGCGCUGAACUCUGGUCUGCUGUCGACCACGGCCAUCAUUGGCAUUGUCGCAGGCUCGGUGGCCUUUGUGGUGAUCGCAGGCCUCUUUUUCAUCGCCUGGACUUCCUACAACACCAAGCGUCGGUUUGCCCACCCAAAGGCAUCGGGAUUCCGCCGGUUUUCGGCCCAGGCAGCCUCCAACAAGCUGCCGACCAACGCCCCGGCACCCUCGCCCACCCGAUUCCUGUCGACCGAGGUCCGUGGUCAUGAGAAUCCCUCGCCAUACCAUCCAUCCAACUCCCGGGCAAGUCCUGCUCAGUCCCGGUCACCCUAUCAGCAGCCGCCGCCGGCUGUCAGCAUCGCUCUGAAGCCCCUGCCGGAUCGCCUGGCGCAUCCCGGCCCGCUGCUCACGCCCGUCUCGCCACACGCCCCAGCUCGGGAGCUGCCGUCGCCGAGCCAUGCUUUGCCCUUCCAUCUGUCCGCUGCAAGUCAGCCUCAUCGCUCCCCAAUGAGAAAGCUCUCGAUCCACAGCCUCUACACACUCGGCAAGCCCAGUCUGCCCCGUCGCAACGACACCGGCUCGACUGUUCCCUCUAUCGGGCGACUGCAUCCUGCGCGUCUGGAUACCGACAGCGCGCAAAAGGCCCUGGCAGAUUCAACGCUGAUACGCGAACUACCCGUUCGCAAUCCCAGUCUGUUUUCGGCCAUGGAGCAGCUCGGCUCCGAAUACCGGGAGCGACGCUCAAUCUUGGAUCUGGUCGAUCGGUUCUCGUUCCAAGGCGAGCCACCCCAGGAUAACUCAUUCCUGGCAGUGACAGAGCACCACCCCGAGCAGCCUGACGAGAUCUUUGUGCAGAUUGGCGACACCAUCGUUGUCGAGCGUGUGUUUGAGGACGGCUGGGCUGUCGCUGCAAACUGGACGAGAUCCACCAAGGGCGUCUUUCCGCUGAAUUGCUUGGACCCAAAAGCAAAGGACAGGCUUCUGCAGAUGGCAACGUGAAACGGAAUGCACCCGCCGCCGAGGUCGAUGAGUCCGGCUGAUUUCUUUCUGGAGGCUGAAUCCACACGUCCAACUAUGCCAUAAGGAAUAUAACAGAUCACUUUGGCAGCCUCCGAGUGAAGGCCACCGGUCGCUCUCCGGUCUCCACAAUCGGAGUGCACACUGGUCUCGG